UCAGUAAACGCAGAAAACCUGGUGCAGGACUCAAGAAGGACAGGUCGGGGAGGUUAGCUGCUUUCUGCGCCCGUAGGCACUUUGCACCAUUGCUUCUUAUCAUGGCUAACGAUCCAGCUUCCGAAUCAUUUGAGAUGGCAAGAUUAUCUGGAGUCGACUACAAAACUCAUUUCGACCCCAAAAUCUUUUUGGAUAAUUAUCACACGAAGGAAAGCCGGUUCUACGACAAGAUUUCAGAGAUGCUUCAUGAGCUAAUGGCUGCGGCAGAAAUUCGUGAUGGUAGCAGACUCCUUGAUGUAGGGUCUGGCCCGAGUAUCUAUUCCGUCAUUUCCGCUGGAAGUCGAUGUUCAGAGAUCGUCUGCUCAGAUUAUGUAACUCAGAAUCUGGAUGAAAUCCUAAAAUGGGUGAAUGGUGACCCUGAUGCCCACAACUGGCAACGAUACUUUGAAUAUGUGUGCAAACUAGAAGGGAAAAGCGAUGAUGAAUGGAAACUCAGACAAGACCACAUCCGGCAAGCAAUCAAACGGGUCGUACCAUGUGAUGUUCACCAAGAGAACCCAUUGGCCCCGUUGGUCUUGGAACCCUUCGACGUCAUCUCGUCCAGCCUCUGUUUAGAGGCAGCGUGUUCUGACGAAUCAUCAUAUAGGAGUGCGGUUAAACACGUGACCUCCCUUCUCAAGCCGGGGGGAAUAUUAUUCGUGGUCGGGAUUCAGGGUGAAACGUUCUACUCUGUUGGUAACAAGAGGUUCAAAGCCUUUCCAUUAAGCAACGAGAUAAUCGAAAGUGCAUAUGCUGAAGUUGGCCUGACCAAUUUACGUUGGUGCAAUGAGACUUGUGACAGUAAGAAAUAUCCCUUUGAAGGCCUCCCAUAUGAUAUGUCUGGAUUGUUUGCGGUCAGUGCCACACGAACCGAUGUAACAGCCUCUGCUUAAUAUAUUAUUUGUGAUCACGCUAUCAUAAUUUUAGUUUAGUGACAAGAGGUCAACCAACUGUUGGCCAGAUCUAGCUGAAAAACACUGUAAGUAAAUAUUCAAAUACAAAAUGCAAAAUAGAAUGUGAUCUCAUGAUGUUAUUGUAGAUGAGAGUAGACUGCCUGGGCCAAAACUAAAUAAAUAAUGAAAGCUUAGUACCGGAUAUAAUAAGUAGUAAAUGGUCUCAUAGAUUUUUUCCAGAGAAAGACAUUUUUUUAGUAAUUCUAUGCCUGAAACUCUCAUCUUUAUAAUAAUCAUAAAUAGUAAAGGAUCAUUAACACAUUUACAAACGUAAACAUCUGAUAUCAAUCACCUUCUUUGAAUAUUGCAUGAAUAUAAUAUGCACGUUGGCUAGAUAAAAAAAAACACACAGUUUUUGAUGUUCUGUGUUGAGGUAAAAUAUCAGAACCCCGGACACCACUUGAUAUUGAGGAACAUGGAAGGUUACAGGACGAACAUAUGAAAAUUACAGGAAGAGCAUAGAAUUACAGAGCCUGCACAUUUACUAACGUACCUGUACAACACUCUUGAAAAUGAGGUUUUUUUAGCUUUUGAAAAAAAUGAGGGUUUUUCAGCAAACACAAAUAUGCAUCCGUCUCUGCUCUUCUUUUGGUACCUUUUUAUGUGUACAUGUAUUUCGUACUCGAACUGGCGCAGAUUAUAACAAGCGAUUGGGUGCGUUAUUUACAAAAAAAGUGCACGAAAUGUGUGUACUAUCUUAAUACAAGUACCACACAGCACGCUGCAUGAAAUUCCACCUGUUGUUCAAUUGUUCUCUACGUGUGCGAAUAAAUAAAUAAACAAGCCCUUCGGCGACAUAAAUUCA